AUGGCCGCGGACCUGCCCUUCGCGAGCCCGAACAUAUUCCUGGCCAACACCAGCAGCUCACCAACCGACAUCAACCAUCCUACUUACCCAAGCACUCUCCCGGACAGUAGCCAAGAGCGCACCGCCCAUGCAAAACUCCACCGAUACCUAGCCUCCAUAAAGCAAGAACUAGAGCGACCGCUUGACCGCACAAACCUCCUUCGCGCAUCCGCACGUCUAGCCAAAGAGAUCAAAGCACACUGCGCCCAGCCCAACACAACAGCAACGUUCCCAUCCUCCACCAGGGUAAGGAUCGCCAAUUCACAAGCCACGACCGGCGAGUUCGUAUGUCUCGAAGUUGGGGGCUCGACGCUUCGGUGCGCCAUCGUUGACUUGCAGCAUACCCCUGACACUGACGAAGUGGCCAACAAGACCACCCUGAAGACCCUGGAGACGCAAGCAUGGAACAUCACGGAAAAGGUGAAGUUGUUGCCAGGGAGCGAUUUCUUCGGCUGGAUCGCCAGGAAUGUGGCCUCUUGGAUGGGUUCGCUGCAAGUUGAGGAGACGAAGACGCAAGCUGCGUGCUGGAGGCUUUGUCUGACAUGGUCCUUUCCUUUCCGAAAAACGGCGACGAACCAAGCUAGCAUUGUCCGCUGUGGCAAGGGCUUCCGUGUGUUCGACGACCUGGUCCGGUAUGACAUCGGAACCUUGCUGGUGGAGGCAUUCCAAGAAGAGGGUGUUUGCCUAACCUUCGAAUCGAUCGUCAACGAUACGGUCGGGGGCCUCCUUCGAGGCCGUCUCGACGAUCCCGACAUGCGCAUAUCGAUGGUGCUAGGCACCGGCCUCAACGCAGCGAUAACACUGCCCGUGGCCACUCUCGAUCCCUCAAGACCUGACAAGGACACGCGCGAAUGUGGCUUGCAAAAGACCGACCACGUGUUCAUCAACACAGAGCUCAGCCUACUGGGCGUAGACGUCGUCCAGCGGACAAGAUGGGACGACGCCCUCAUCCAAAACCUGCCAGCCGGGGUGUGUAAGCAACCGCUCGAGUACAUGUGCGGUGGCUAUUACAUUGGAGAGUUGGUGCGCAUAAUCUUCGUGUCGACCAUCUGCUACUUUCCCUCCUGGGCAGGUCGCGUACCGGAAAGACUCUUUUUGCCAGACUCGCUGGCGUCCAGUUUGGUGUCGACUUUAGUGGGCGAUACGACGGCAGACCUGUCUGUGUCGGCGGCGGAGUUUUCAGAGGCAUUUGAGUCGUCGGUGCGAGAGUCGGCCCCGUGGUUGGACGUCUUGAGAUGUAUUGCAUUGUCGGUCUGUCACAGAGCGUCAGGUGUCAUGGCCAUGAGCAUUUUCGCGCUUUAUCUGGUUGCUUACGGCGAUGACUCGACGACUCCACAGGAUGGAAGCGAAAGGGUGGUAGGAGUUUCAGGGGCGGUCUUCGAAAAACUACCCGGCUUCAAGGAGUCGUGUGAGAAGAUGCUGAACCAUUUGAUUCAAGGCCUUGAUGCAGAAAUUACACCAGCAACUCCUUGUACACUUCGUCUGAUCAGUGGUGGGAGUUUGACGGGUUGUGCACUUGCUGUGGGACCUCAUCCAUGA